CGCGUCUCGCUGAUGAUGACGCACGUCCGGGGCGGUGGAGAAGGCAAGAUGGCGGCGCCCAUGGAGGUGGCCGUGUGUACGGACUCGGCGGCCCAGUUAUGGAGCUGCGUUGUGUGGGAGCUGCACUCUGGCGCCAACCUGCUCACGUACCGCGGAGGCCAGGCCGGGCCCCGCGGCCUGGCGCUACUCAAUGGCGAGUACCUGCUGGCCGCACAGCUGGGCAAGAAUUACAUCUGCGCCUGGGAGCUUCAGAGGAAGGACCAACUUCAACAGAAGAUCAUGUGUCCCGGACCAGUCACCUGCCUCACCACAUCACCCAAUGGCCUCUACGUCCUGGCAGGGAUCUCAGAGAACAUAUACCUGUGGGAGGUGUCCACAGGGAACCUUCUAGUCAUCCUGAGCCGCCACUACCAGGACGUGUCAUGCCUGCAGUUCACGGGGGACAGCAGCCACUUCAUCUCAGGGGGCAAGGACUGCCUAGUGCUGGCCUGGAGCCUCUGCAGCGUGCUGCAGGCAGAUCCCUCCCGGACCCCUGCCCCCCGGCACGUCUGGUCUCGCCACACCCUCCCCAUCACAGACCUGCACUGCGGCUUUGGGGGGCCCCUAGCCCGGGUGGCCACCGCCUCGCUGGACCAGACAGUGAAGCUGUGGGAGGUCUCCUCAGGUGAGCUGCUGCUGUCCGUACUCUUUGACGUGGGCAUCCUGGCCGUGACCAUGGACCUGGCUGAGCAUUACAUGUUCUGUGGUGGCAGUGAUGGCUCCAUUUUCCAAGUCAAUCUCUGUACUUGGCCCGGGCAGAGAGAGAAGAGCUUCCAGCCGGAGCAGGAGCACGGGAAGGUGUUCAGAGGGCACAGGAACCAGGUGACUUGCCUGUCGGUGUCCACGGAUGGCAGUGUGCUUCUGUCGGGCUCCCACGAUGAGACCGUUCGCCUCUGGGAUGUGCAGAGCCAGCAGUGCCUCAGGACGGUGACCCUCAAAGGCCCCGUGACCAACGCCUGCAUCAUGCUUGCACCCGUCAGCAUGCUGAGCUCCGACUUCAGACCAGGCCUGCCCCUGCCCCACUUCAACAAGCACCUGCUAGGUGCCGAACAUGGGGACGAGCCGCACCACGGGGGCCUCAUGCUGCGCCUAGGCCUCCACCAGCAGGGGUCAGAACCCAGCUAUCUGGAGCGGGUGGAGCAGCUGCAGGCGGUGAUGUCCAGCACGCUGGAGAAGAACGUCCUGGGUGGCCAGGACCAGCUGCGGAUCCGCGUGACUGAGCUGGAAGACGAGGUGCGGAACCUGCGCAAGAUCAACCGCGACCUCUUUGACUUCUCCACACGCAUCAUCACGCACCCAACCAAGUGACACGUCUGGACUCGCCCUCAGCCGGCAGAGCCCACGGCCCAAGCCUGUUCUCUGCAAGGUCCCAUCGCUUGGAUUGGCACCCCCACCAGGGUUGCGGUCGAGGGUUGACUGGCUGCCCUGCCGUGACCUGCCAUGUCACAUGGGUGCUCUGCUGUUUCUAACAAAAGACUUGAAAUCCUACCUUUCGGCCUCCUUGUGCCCCCGCCGGGCUGAGGACCCUCGCAGUGGGACCUGCCGGGGGGAUUCACCACAGCUAUCACAGAGUCCGAGUCCCAGACAUAACUACUAGAAGCCUGGGUCCUCACCUGCUCCCUCACCUGCCGCCCCUGUGCAGCUCCCAGGGGCCGGGCCGUGGGUCAGGUCCCCAGGGGCAAGAGUAACUCAGGGACAGCAGGGUGCUUACACUAGGCCUGUCUCCCCAGCCUGGCUCUGGGCAGCUGACUCUGAGGUGGCAGCCAGUUCUGGGCCAGGGUUGUCUCGACCAGAAAGUUCUUGGUGUCAAGGGCCCAAAAGAGGCCAAUCUCCCCUCCUCCAGCACCACACAUACAUACACACUGUGCAGGGUAGACGGGGACACCACUAGCUGCCAGCCGGAACCUGGAACCCAGCCCAGACUUGGGCCCUAAGCCUCCCAUGGAACCUUCCAGAAAGCUGCCCCUAAGUGACAGUCUGUUUAAUGGUCCGGAAAAGCCAUGUGACUUAGCUGGUGCCAUAGUAACUGCAGCUCCUGCUUUUAGCUGAUGGGUGUCCUCUCCUGGGGCCCUGCAACCCCCUCAUGGCCCACCUUGCUCUCAGACCUAGACAGGUUUACUUGGGGCCAUCAGGUGAGGAGUCCUGCUGGCCUCCACAUUGCAGUCACCCCACACAGAAUAAGGUUCCAGCAGGCUCUGGGCUCCUGGUUGGUUCCUGGCAGCAGGGUGGGGGAAGGGGACCUGGGGGCUCAGUGUUCCCCACCUCUCCCCUUGGUCUCCAGGGGGUCUGGAAGGUGGGGAGGGCAUCAGGGUUGGCUGAGGCUUCCCCGGGGCCUAGGGCCACCUCGCCUGCCUGGCACCAUUUCCAGGUGCUGCCAUCCUCUGCCUGAUGCUUCUCUGCACCCUGGCCACUGCACUCAGCUCGUAGUUCAGUGACUUGGGAGGAGAUGCCGGUUCUGGAGACCUGGGUACUGUUUUCUGUGUGGUCGAGUCCCAGACAGGAGCUGGCAGGGUCAGCCUCUGGGGUCACCUCCUCUGGCUCAGGCUUCUUCCCUGAGCAGGAGGGGCGCUGUUGUCCCUGCCAAGUUCCGGGCACCUCGGCACAGCUGUGGACCUUUAGCUGCUGAUUUGGGUCCUGGGGUCCCUCCUGGCUUGCCCAGGACAUCUGUGGCUGCAGCUGAGGGGACCUUGGUCACUCAUGGCUCCUGAGGGGCUGAGGGUGUGCACCCCUGGGUAGGGAUGGUGGGGUCCCACCCCGGGGUGGUCACUGUGAUGACUCAGGCCUAAGAGGUGGUCCCAGCAGGGCCUAGGGAGAGCUUCCAAUCAAUGCGCAACCAGCCUCGCCCGAGCUGUCCUUGCCACCAGUCCAUGGGGCCCUGGAAGGUCCCCUUCCCCCCUCCAUAGGCCACACAGAGUCCAGAGAAGGUCCCUGGUGGGCUGUAAGGGCUGGAGCCCACUGGCCCCUUUCCCUGAAAUCCCCACGUGGCCAUGGACAAGCCACAUCUGGUCCUGAGACUUUGUGUUGUCACUCAAAGGAACUGUACCUCCUUGGUUCAUGAGGAGUCUUCAGGAGCCAGUGUGCAGCUGUGCGGGUGCCCAGCACAGUCAGUACUCCUAUUGCUUGUCUGAGAAUCUGUAGAAAUCCAACCUGACCCUGAAUCCUGGGCCGUCACUGCCAGAAGGGGAAGUGCAGACUGCAUCUGACAUUCUCAGGUGACUGCCUGAGUUGAUGGAAACCCCUCCUGACCAGGACAGCUGUUAUUUAAAAAACAAGUGUCAGGAUAUGAUGGAGGUGUCUUCUGAGCACUUGUGCAUCGUUGGUGGGACGGUGAAAGGGUACAGUUGCCCUGGCAAAUAGUCAGGAGGGUCAUCAAAAAGUUAAGCGUGGAAUCACCAUGUGUCCCAGCAAUCCCACUACAGGUACCUUGCCCACAGAAAUGAAAGCAGGAGGCUCGAAGAGAUGUUUACACACCCGUGUUCACAUCAGUGUGAUUCACAGCAGCCAAAGAGUGGAGACAGCCAAAUUGUCAAAGAUGAUGGAUGAGCGAGGGUGGUCCUUUUGCACGGUGGAAUGUUACUCAGCCUUUAAAAAGAGAUUCUGACACCCUCUACACCUGGUUGGACCCCGAGGACAUAAUGCACAGUGAAAUAAACCAGACCCAGAAGGAGA